UUUACACUCCCAUUUGUUGGAAAACUACAAAAUCAGUUUUGAUUAUUGAAACAGUCCAAGCAACAGAAGAUACUUUGCUGACUUAUUUAAGACAACUCCGAAGGUGGAAGAACUAUUGCCAUUUUUUCUCUAGUCCUGUCAGAAGCACUAGCAAUGGAGACAUCAGACAAGUACUUGUUCAAAUACAGAGGAUGUUGUUUUAUACAAAAUAUGGUUACUCCUGAAUACAUUGAUUCCUUGGAAGAUUUUGAAAUCAAGGACAGUGAUGUGUUUCUGGUCACUUUCCCAAAAUCAGGAACUAUAUGGACACAGAAUAUUUUGAGCUUGAUUUAUCAUGAAGGUCAUCGAAAUGGGACUGAAGACAUGGAACUGGCAGACAGAGUUCCAUGGAUAGAGUACAAUAUCCAGAAUGUAGAUUACGUGAAUCGCCCAUCACCACGUCUCUUUUCCAGUCAUCUGCCCUAUCAUUUAAUGCCAAAGGGGUUAAAAAAUGGGAGAGGGAAGGUUAUUUAUGUGGCCAGAAACCCAAAGGAUGUCUUGGUCUCCUACUAUCAUUUCUCCAAAGUUUCUGUCCUACUUGAAGAAGUGGAAGACUUUGACGCUAUUAUGGAGAAGUUUUUGGCUGGUAGAGUUUUAGGUAGUCUAUGGCUAGAUCAUAUAGAAGGCUGGUAUGCUCAGAGGGACAACAUGAAUAUUCUCUUCCUUACGUAUGAAGAAAUGAAGAAGGAUCUGAGAAGCUCUGUACUGAAAGUAUGCAACUUUCUAGGAAAGAGACUGACUGAAGAGGAGAUAGAUGAUGUUGUGGAUAAGGCUUCGUUUGGCAAAAUGAGUGUGGAUCGUAGAACCAAUUAUACCACCAUGCCUCCUGAUGUCCUAGAUUUCAGCAAAGGACGCUUUAUGCGCAAAGGUACAGUUGGAGACUGGAAAAACACAAUGACGGUUGCACAGAAUGAAAGAUUUGACAGUGUUUUCAAGGAGCGAAUGGAAAAGCUGCCCUUCAAGUUCUGCUGGGAUAUCAAUGAUGAAUUAUGAAAAAGGAUGGACAAACCUGCCUCUUUUGCUUUGUACAGACCUUUUAAAAAAUUGAUGAAGCUAAA